CGGCACAAAAAGGGUUUGAAAAGGAGCUGCAGACGCCCAAAGCCCGGACGGCGGGAAGGUGGCAACGCACAGUGGCUUUUCCUUUAUCUCUUUCUUUAAUUCGUCAGCUCCCGAGCCUAAGGUCGAUCCCCACUUUCCCAUCCGCCAGGUCGCUCACUCGGCAUCUCUUUCCCGCUCCUCCACCGCCCCCUCGGCUGCUCCUCUAGACCCUCGGCCUCCAGCCCCGCCUCUGCCGGCGCUGGGUUUCACCCGCGGCGGAGUGAAAUCAGCAAAGUGACCGCCCCUCUGGAAGAUCAUUGGUGCAGCCCCUGCCCGUCGCGGCCGAUGAUUGGUGGGCCGCUCGGGUUAUUUGCAUGCCGGCGGCGGCCCAGUACCCAGCUAUGCGGGCGGCUGGCUCCGCGCAGAAGUUUGCAGAGCGCUUUCUCGCCGGUCGGUCCCGGACUCGCGCAACGCCCGGAGCCGCCUCCCUCGAUCGCCGCCGCCCUGUUCUCUCUGGAUCCCUUCUCUGCGGAGGAUAGACUCUCUGCUUCAGGGAAGUUGAGGUGGACCAGGGGGAUUGCGGAGGAGGGGCGGCGGAGGAUCGUUCCAGUGACAGCUCGGAGUCGGGACGCCGGGAGCGUGGGGCUCUGGCCGCCGCGAAUCUCGCCCACCUUUCUGCGGCCGCCGGGUAGGCGGGCGGGCGAUGCGGCCGCCGAGCCCCGCGGUGCUGAGAGAAAGGAGGGCGCCCCGGAGAGCCUAGAGCUUGUUUCUGCCGACUUGGGGAAGGGCGCAUGGAGUUGUGAGCGCCCCUCGCUCGGCGAGGCCGCCCCGGGCAGGCUCCCCAUGGCCGGGACGUACAGCUCCACUUUGAAGACGCUGGAGGACUUGACCUUGGACUCCGGGUAUGGGGCCGGGGACUCGUGCCGCUCGCUCAGCCUCUCGUCCUCCAAGUCCAACUCGCAGGCGCUCAACUCUUCGGCGCAGCAACACCGCGGGGCGGCCUGGUGGUGCUACUCCGGCUCCAUGAACAGCCGCCACAACAGCUGGGACACGGUGAACACGGUGCUGCCCGAGGACCCCGAAGUGGCCGACCUCUUCUCGCGCUGCCCGCGCCUGCCCGAGCUGGAGGAGUUCCCCUGGACCGAGGGAGACGUGGCCCGGGUCCUUCGCAAAGGUGCCGGCGGCCGGCGGCAGCCCCUGUUCUCCGCCGAGGCGGUCCGGCGCCUGGCCGGGCUGCUCCGCCGGGCGCUCAUCCGGGUGGCCCGCGAGGCGCAGCGCCUGAGCGUGCUGCACGCCAAGUGCACCCGCUUCGAGGUGCAAAGCGCCGUGCGCCUGGUGCACAGCUGGGCGCUGGCCGAGAGCUGCGCGCUGGCCGCGGUCAAGGCCCUGUCCCUGUAUAGCAUGAGCGCGGGCGACGGGCUGCGCCGGGGCAAGUCGGCGCGCUGCGGCCUCACCUUCUCAGUGGGCCGCUUCUUUCGCUGGAUGGUGGAUACCCGCAUCUCCGUGCGCAUCCACGAGUACGCGGCCAUCUCGCUCACCGCCUGCAUGGAGAAUCUGGUGGAAGAGAUCCGGGCCAGGGUGCUCGCCAGCCAGAGCCCCGACGGCGGAGGGGCCGGAAGCGGGGAGGUGUCUGCGGAGGCCCUGGAGAUGGUCAUCAACAAUGACGCCGAGCUCUGGGGCGUCCUGCAGCCCUAUGAGCAUCUCAUCUGCGGCAAGAACGCCAAUGGGGUCCUCUCCCUCCCCGCGUACUUCAGCCCCUACAACGGGGGGUCCCUGGGCCAUGACGAGCGAGCUGAUGCCUACGCGCAGCUGGAGCUCCGGACCCUGGAGCAGUCCCUCCUGGCCACAUGUGUGGGGAGCAUCUCCGAGCUGAGUGACCUGGUCUCCCGUGCCAUGCACCACAUGCAGGGACGCCACCCGCUGUGUCCAGGCUCCAGCCCUGCCCGCCAGGCCCGCCAGCCGCCCCAGCCCAUCACCUGGUCCCCCGACGCCCUCCACACACUGUACUACUUCCUGCGGUGUCCACAGAUGGAGUCCAUGGAGAACCCCAACCUGGACCCCCCGAGGAUGGCCCUGAACAAUGAACGGCCCUUCAUGCUGCUGCCGCCGCUGAUGGAGUGGAUGCGUGUGGCCAUCACGUACGCGGAGCACCGCCGCAGCCUCGCCGUGGACAGCGGCGACAUCCGGCAGGCAGCCCGGCUGCUGCUGCCCGGCCUGGACUGCGAGCCCCGGCAGCUCAAACCCGAAUGCUGUUUCAGUUCCUUCCGGAGGCUGGAUGCCCGAGCGGCUACUGAAAAAUUCAACCAGGACCUGGGCUUCCGCAUGCUCAACUGCGGAAGGACUGACCUCAUCAGCCAGGCGAUCGAAGCCCUGGGCCCCGACGGGGUGAACACCAUGGAUGACCAGGGUAUGACGCCGCUGAUGUAUGCCUGUGCUGCUGGGGAUGAAGCCAUGGUCCAGAUGUUGAUUGAUGCCGGAGCCAACUUGGACAUCCAGGUUCCAAGCAACUCUCCCAGGCACCCCUCCAUCCACCCUGAUAGCCGGCACUGGACAUCACUGACAUUUGCUGUGCUACACGGACAUAUCUCUGUGGUCCAGUUGCUGCUGGAUGCUGGCGCCCACGUGGAGGGCUCGGCGGUGAAUGGCGGCGAGGACAGCUAUGCGGAGACGCCCCUGCAGCUGGCCUCUGCGGCCGGGAACUACGAGCUGGUCAGCUUGCUGCUUAGCCGGGGCGCUGACCCCCUCCUCAGCAUGCUCGAAGCCAACGGCAUGGCCUCCUCCCUCCACGAGGAUAUGAACUGCUUCAGCCACUCAGCCGCCCAUGGCCACAGGAACGUUCUGAGGAAGCUCCUGACGCAGCCACAGCAGGCCAAAGCAGACGUGCUGUCCCUGGAGGAGAUCCUGGCUGAGGGCGUGGAAGAGAGCGAUGCGUCCAGCCAGGGCAGCGGCAGCGAGGGGCCCGUGCGACUGAGCCGGACGCGCACCAAGGCCCUGCAGGAGGCCAUGUACUACAGCGCGGAGCACGGCUACGUGGACAUCACCAUGGAGCUGAGGGCGCUGGGCGUCCCCUGGAAGCUGCACGUCUGGAUCGAGUCUCUGAGGACGUCCUUCUCGCAGUCUCGGUACUCGGUGGUGCAGAGCCUCCUGCGGGAUUUCAGCUCCAUCAGGGAGGACGAGUACAACGAGGAGCUGGUGGCCGAGGGCUUGCCGCUCAUGUUCGACAUCCUCAAGACCAGCAAGAAUGAUUCGGUCACGCAGCAGCUAGCAGCCAUCUUCACGCACUGCUAUGGCAGCAGCCCCAUCCCCCGCAUCCCCGAGCUCCGCAAGACGCUGCCGGCCAGGCUGGAUCCUCACUUUUUGAACAACAAGGAGAUGUCAGAUGUGACCUUCCUCGUGGAAGGAAAGCUGUUUUAUGCACAUAAAGUCCUGCUGGUGACAGCUUCUAACAGGUUCAAGACGCUGAUGACCAAUAAAUCAGAGCAAGAUGGCGACAGCAGUAAAACCAUCGAGAUAGGCGACAUGAAGUACCACAUUUUCCAGAUGAUGAUGCAGUAUCUGUACUACGGGGGAACGGAAUCCAUGGACAUCCCCACUGGUGACAUCCUGGAGCUGCUGUCAGCGGCCAGCCUGUUCCAGCUGGAUGCCCUGCAGCGGCACUGUGAGAUCCUGUGCUCCCAGACCCUGAGCGUGGAGAGCGCCGUGAACACCUACAAGUACGCCAAGAUCCACAACGCCCCCGAACUGGCCCUGUUCUGCGAGGGCUUCUUCCUCAAGCACAUGAAGGCCCUGCUGGAGCAGGACUCCUUCCGGCAGCUCAUCUACGGCCGCAGCAGCAAAGUGCAGGGCCUGGCCCCGCUGCAGGACCUGCAGAGCACCCUGGCCGAGCGCGUGCACUCGCUGUAUGUCACCUCUCGGGUGUGAGGUGUGGGGGCGGCUGGCUCUGCCACUAGGCCUCCCGGCGGGUAAGAAAGGCUGGGAGCUUCCUGGGGGUGUCUGGGUCAGCGCAUAGCCAGGACCAGUGGACAUGCUGGGGCCCUGCUGGUUUGAGACUGGUUACCGGCACUUUUGGAGCCAGACUUGGGCAAGCCCAGAGCCUAACCAAUUGCUCAGCCAGUGAUGAGCCAAGGGCAGGUGUGGCCACAAGUGGCCCUUCCCCACGCCUGCUGCCUGCUUGCACCAGGGGGCUGCCACGCACUCACCCUCGCGUGCCCCUCCUGGAGGCCCGCACCGAUCCCGCUCCGCUCGGCACAGCUCCUGGUCGUACCUUCCAGGCUCUAACUAGCCCACCCCCGGGGCCUCGGGCAGCUCAGGCUGUCCUAAGUAGGGCUCCUCGGGGGUGUGAGCAUCCUUAUGAAUGUAGAGAGUGUAUGUUCUAUCUGGGCCCCAGGCCAUUACAGUCAAAAGCCAGUGUUUUCCCUCAGUGUCACGUCAGACAAACCUGAACUUAAGGCUGUGCCUUUGAAAGACCUGAUGUGGCCUCCAGGGAGCCUGGGGAUCCUGCGAAGAGGGUCACUUUCAGUCUAUUUCCUUGGUGUCUGGGCUCCUUUGGGCAGAGGGACCGCCGGCCUGCUCAGUGAGUAGUAGAGAAGGCGGUUAGUCCCCCCGGCGCCUUCAAAGCUUUGGGUCUGAGCCAAGGGUAGCACGGGCACACCGGAGGAGCCUGGGGCCUCAGCUUGUGUUGCUGCUGCUGUUUUCAGGGGCCACUGUAAAGGCGUGACUCUGAAAUCCCAAGCCUAGAAUUAGGCAGAGCCCUAGACAUCCCGCCAGUCCAGUCUCCAGUCAGAGUCCUUUAAUUUGGACUGGAGAGCAGGGCCCAGACUUCCCAUUGGGAACUGCGGGUCUUGGGGAACUUAAAAGGUCAGGGCCUGGGUAGAUGGGAAGGACUGGGAGACGAGGUCCUUCUGCUUCCCUGCCACCCGCCCCUGCCAUCCUGUAGGCUCCAGGCUCUCCUGGGUGGGGAUGCAUCACUGGGCCUGGACCCCCAUCGUAUUUAUGUACCAGACAUCGGGGGCGUUUUCCGGAACAGCUUGUGCCGGAUGUCCCCUUCGGCUGUCUGGCCGUACCUUAGAAACUAUUUAUUCACCAGAAGCCCCAGGCACUUUAGGAGGUGUCCUUUCAGUCACCUUGAAAAACCCUGGGGGUUUGCAACCCUGGAAAAUAUUUUCAACUAGCUGCUUGAGCUGGAUGUACAAAGGAAUAGGCGUUAUUUUAUUGCUGUAAUAUUGUAUGAUACUGUAACUAUACAUUAAUGUUGUCACUUAUUGUAAAUGUACUAUGGUUUUAUUAACAAUAAACACUUGUUAACAAUGA